GCGGAGGAGAGAGCGAGAAAGAGAGUGAGAGGAAAAGAAUAGGAAAGAGAGAGAGAGAGAGUGGAGAGUGCAGACUGCUCUUGGAGGAAGCACAGGCAUAGCAGCAGAGCCAAGGGAACUUGCUUUGAAGCAGGCAGACAAGCAGACCGGGAGAGAGUUGAGAGAUUUCAAAACCAGCCAGCAAGAGGAGGCGUUCUCAGUGACCAAGCCAGACGUGUAUAUCUUCAGAGGAGGGAUUUCAACUGGGCGUCAUGAGUCCUUCAACCUCCCAUCUGAGGAAUAAGUAAAUAAGGAUCUGACUGACUGACUGACUGACUGACUGGGAUUCUAACCGUGGUCUGAGGGUCUGGCUUUCCCCGUCUGCCACUCUGAGAGAACCCUUGCCUUUCUGGGUGAAGAUGUCGUUCGCCAUGGUCCGUGCGGCGCCCGCUCCAGCAGGGCGGUUCCUGUACUCCGAUAUUGCCAUGCUCUCUGAGGAGGACGAGGAGAAUGCCAGUGAGGGCUCGGGCUCUGAGGAGCCGUCCCCUUACCGCCUGUCUGGCUCUUCCUCCUCCUCCGGCCUGCACCUGAACAGGAAGAGGAAGCUGUGCGUGGCGUCGGGGGUCGGGCAGGUGGUGGGUCCACCGGUGGUGGAGGUGAGACAGAGGAACGCAGCAAAUGCCCGCGAGCGUGACCGCACCAACAGCGUGAACACUGCCUUCACCGCCCUGCGCACCCUCAUCCCCACCGAGCCCGCAGACAGGAAGCUGUCCAAGAUCGAGACACUGCGAUUGGCCUCCAGCUACAUCAGUCACCUAGGCAACGUGCUGCUCGUGGGGGAGGGGCCUGGAGACGGACAGCCCUGCCACACUCCUGCGCCCUUCUACCACGCCCAUGGGCUCAGCUCCUCCCCUGGCCGUGGAACAGACCAAUCAGCGCAACCCAAACACAUCUGCACUUUCUGCCUCAGCAACCAAAGGAAAAUGAACAGAGACCGAGACAGAAAAACAGCCAUCAGAAGCUAACGAGAGAACUGAAAGGAGAAGGAAAUACACCACUCACGUGAAGAAGGACAAAUCGAAAAUACUUAUCUUAAGUUGUGUUAUAUAGUAGAUGUAUACUGAUGUGUAUUUAUAUAUGCCCUAUAUCAAGAACACUAUGUUAUUUAAUAGAUGGUCCCAAUGGAUAAUAGGCACGAUGUCUACUCCGAUUCUGUUUAUCUUAGCCUUAUCUUUAUUGAUGAGCAAUACUUCAGGGUGGGAAGCUUGGUGGGUUUUGGUUGGAGAGACCACCUGUGGGGAGAUGACAACUGGACAUUCCUUCUCACACUCCACCCUGCCCCUCCUGUGAGAGACUCAGAAUGAGGUUUGAUCAAACAGCAUGCCGAACAAUGUAUACGCACGGCAGCCAUGUCCAGCACCCCACGUAUGCAAACGUCUCAUGCAGAGAAACUGGAAGUCUCUAGCCGUGGAGAGUCUGAGUGAGGGCGCAGCAGGUUUUCACAUUACCCCCGAACCAUCAGGUCAACCCCCAAAAGAAGCCCUGAAUAAACCCCCGAACCGUCCUGUCAAUCCCCACGUGAAUCCUUGAACCAUCCUGAGAAUGAAUCAGACCCUGUCUGGAAUACAGACUGCUACUCUCCAGGAUGUGCUGGACCUUACUGGGGUUUUCUGCCUAUGGACACUAUGGACUUUGCUGGUGCUUCUUGGCGACUCUGAUAAUCAGAAACAUGCUGAUGUUAAAAGACAUGCUGGACCUUCAUAAUAUUGUUUAGAAAGAUAGAGUUUGGAAAUGCCUCAUGCUGGAAAAGAAUUGAAGACAAAUAAAACAAGUAUGU